AUGGGGCAUCUGGCCCAUUCAGUUGAAGUGAGGACUUUCAUUGAUACUCUCACCACAAGAGUCGAGGCUUGUGAGAGUAGACAGGGGGAUACCUCUAAGGUUACGCCUUUAAAAGCUGAAGUUGUUGAUUUGAGGAAGGAUGCAGACUAUCUAAAGUCUACUUACUUCACUUCAUUACUGGAGGUUGCAGAUUAUUUGAAUGCUCCUGAGACUUCUGAGAUUCCUCCAGCUACUACCGGAGACGUGCCUAGGGCUGAUGCAGCGGAGUAUGAGUCGGAGGAAGAGACCAAUGAGGAGCUGAUAAAGAUCAGGGAGGACAGAAUAAAUAGAGACUUGCCAGAUCUUAAGGAGCUGAUCGUGCAGUUUGUGAUCCAGACAUCGCUAACAGAGGCAUCUAGUGGAGUUGUUCCUUCUAAGGUGACUCCGGGCACUGAUGCCCAGACAGAUGGAGCGACUGAGUAG